GCCUACCUUACUACGUACAGCUGGGGUUUUCUCGGCCUCGUAAUUGAAUCCUUAGGCUGCUCGACUUUUCCCCAGCCUCCCAAGUUCUCAACAACCCCAUUCCACGAUCAAGGCCGGCAAACACGCAACCUGGUGCCAAUCAGAUCCCCUGCUUGCUCGAGUGAGCCAACACCGCUAUGCCAUCACCCGUGUAUCCGUACCCAUUUCGAUGCAAUCAUUCACGUCGUGCAAGGCAAAUCCUCCGCGACCUGGUUCGACCGCACAAUGACACACGCAAGCAACCGGGUCAACCGUCAACGUCACGCCAGCUCAAUCCCGCCCGGGGCCUCACCUUCACUUCAGCCUGUCACGCCUGAACGGCUCUGCCCUGCCCUGCUUUUUCCUGCUUCUCGUCAGGUCUCCCUCCGUUUACAGCUUCGUUUGUUUGUUCCCUGUUCGCGCCUUGCCCGCUUUGCCGGUUGCCCAGCUCAGAGCUGCUUCUGGCCUGCUUCUGGCCGGCUACUACUGCGGCUGCAAGGGCCUCGAAGCAUCGAGCAUCUCUACCCAACCUCCGCUUUCCAAGGAAUACAGACCAGGGUAUGUGAAAAAAAGACCAACACCAAGAUUUUGGCCCGCCUGUUUCUCGCCCCUCACAAUGGGCAACAAACGCGCAAUUCCCAGCUUUCGCUUCCACCAUCGCUGUCGCCAUGGGUUCCCCAUUCGUUCUGGCCUGCUCCGUGGUCGUACCCGCGCCAGCUUCACCGCGUACGGCGUCAUUUGUUUCUUGACUGCAUCACCACGAUUCCUUGUCUGUUAUUUAAAUCAUUCAUCCACCCUCCGAAGCUGUGUCCCGUAGUUCACUCUCUUUCCCUCCCAUCCGCCUUUGUUUGCUUCAGCCAGCCCGUGAUACCCCCCCCCCCCUUCGCAAGAACUUCUGCCGCCUCGUCCUCAACAGACCUGUGAUACCCAUCCCCUCAACCAACAAACAAUAUGAAGUCUGCCAUCAUUCCUCUGGCCAUUGCCGCCAAGCUGGCUGUUGCCAACCCCAUCGACGCGCGCCAAGUCUCUGACGCCCCGGCCUUCACUGCCGCCGCCGAUGCUCUCAUCUCGGCCUACAUUCCCACCGACCAGUGGGACUCCCUGACCUCGGCCUUCGGCUCCGCUGCUAGCGCCGCCAGCGUCACCGGGGAUCUCAAGUCCUACAUCUACUCUGUCCUUAAGGCCACCAGCACCCCGGACUGGUUCUCCGCGGCCAUCCCGACGCAGUACACCAGCCAGUACGGCGCUCUCGAGUCCGCCAUUGAGAGCCUCCGCCCCACUGCUGCCCCGGCCGGCACCCCCGUGCCCACCGUCAUCGCCGUCACCACCACCAACUCGGACGGCAGCACCAUCACCACCGAGAUCUCCACCACCAUUACCCCCAUCCCGACCACAAUCACCACCGACGUCGUACCCACGCUCUCCCCCAGCGUCGUCACCGGCACCGACUCUGCCGGCAGCGCCUUCACCUCCACUGUCCUGAACACCGCAUCCGAGUCCGCCACUGGAACUGCUGCUACCACCGGUGCGUCCGAGUCCGCCUCCGCAACUGAGAGCGGCGCGUCCGAGUCCAGCGGCGCUUCCGCCACUGACGCCUCCGGGUCUGCCACUGGCUCUGCCGCACCCUCCUCCACCGAAGCCCCCAACGCUGCCCCGACCGCCAUGGUUCACGGCCUCGUUGCUGUUGCCGCCGGUGUUGUCGGUCUCGUCAUGGCCUUCUAAAUGAGAUGGGUGACGAAUGUUGAGCGAAACGCAGUGAACGGUCUGAAUAAUGAGGCAAACGGCAUGAAGAACUUGUAGAUAAUGACUUUUUUUUCGGUCUAAUUCCCUUCUCUUCUUGGAUCUCUACUUCUGUCGAGAAUGGCGGAUGGCGAGACUUGAGAUGAGGAUGGUUAUGUAAUAAUGAGUAAUAUGGCAUGACUUUCCCAUGAUAUUUCACAUUAGUCAUUUUUUAGCAUUUGGUGAAAUUGUAAGUUGGGUAUGACAGCAC